AUGCCAAAACCUGAAGGUAAGCUGCCAGCACUAAGAAACGACCAGAAGCGCAGCGUCUGGGAAAGCCGUUUUGUGCCAAAGAUCUUGACGCUGUGGAAGUCAGGCAAAAUUGGUCCAGACACCAAGUUGGGAGAUGUGAAAAAAGCCGUUGAUGAUACAGGCAAUUUUCCACAAGGAACUUUCAGAACCUUCUGGUACAAACUCCAAAAUGAAUUAAGAGAUGGAGGGAAAAAAGAGGAGCUGGAUGCAUACCUAACUGAGGACGAUGUUGAAGAUGAUUACCCCUUGACUUUUGCACCCAAAAGAGCAAAGAUUCUAGGUGGUUUGCCCACAAGUGACGACAUCGAGGCCGACAAUACCUUCAAACCCCCCACAAAUUUUGUUCCCUUUGUUAACAAUAAUGGUGACCACAUGCUCGCGGUUGAAAUGCUUCUACCUUCUGGCUACUACAACAACAAAGAGAGGUACUGGGUUGAGCUUGAUGGUGAUAAGAUCAUUGUGACCAUAAAGAUGCCGCGAUUACUUGAGGAUCACAUAAACAUGUUCUAUGCCAUUGUUGGUGAAGAUGAGAAAUUGCAAGGCAUGAUGCACUCUGCAAACAAGGUCAGCAUCGCAAAGCAUCAAAAGAAUGCUGGAGGCGACAUCUUGAUGACCGCCGAAGUUGACCUGCCUUCCACAUCAGGGACCCCAUUAUUUCUUUUAAAAUUCCGGUCGUAUAUCUUGGCCACAAUUCUCUUUUUCUACUGA